UCUCAUCAUCAUUGUAACCAUCGACAUCGAAGCAGUCCUCUGCCAAAACAGAGAGAGAUAAUAAAAAAUGAUGCAGAGAUUCACGGCGAAAAGAUCGCUCCAGAACGUUUCCGCCUCCCUCCUGCGGCGAUGCGUCUCAUCGACGUCUCAGACGGCUUCCGUCAAGGACUCCGACGAGUUUCUAGCGAGGCUUCCGCCGUUCGAUUACACCCCGCCGCCGUAUUCCGGCCCCUCCGCCGAUGAAAUCCUUAACAAAAGGAAGGAGUUCCUCAGCCCUUCCAUGCCUGUCCUCUUCAGAAAGCCGUUGAACAUUGUGGAUGGGAAGAUGCAGUAUCUAUUCGAUGAGAGUGGUAGGAGAUACUUGGACGCCUUUGCUGGAAUCGCAGUUGUGAAUUGUGGACAUUGUCACCCUGAUGUGGUUGAGCCCGUUAUCAACCAGAUCAAGCGUCUUCAGCAUCCUACGGUUAUGUACCUUAACCAUGCAAUUGCUGAGUUCUCUGAAGCUCUCGCUUCCAAACUCCCUGGUGAUCUCAAGGUGGUGUUCUUCACAAACUCAGGGACGGAGGCCAAUGAAUUGGCGCUUAUGAUGGCUAAGUUGUAUACUGGAUGUCAAGACAUUGUUUCGAUUCGAAACGGGUAUCAUGGGAAUGCGGCUGGAACAAUGGGGGCUACUGCUCAAAGCUUGUGGAAGUUCAACGUUGUUCAGACUGGAACUCACCACGCUUUAAACCCGGAUCCAUAUAGAGGUGUGUUUGGUUCUGACGGAGAGAAGUAUGCAAGAGAUGUGCAAGAUCUCAUCCAAUAUGGCACUACCGGACACAUUGCUGGUUUCAUCUGUGAAGCUAUACAGGGAGUUGGAGGGAUUGUGGAACUAGCUCCAGGCUAUUUGUCAGCAGCUUACGACAUUGUGAAGAAGGCUGGAGGAUUGUUCAUUGCUGAUGAAGUACAGUCUGGAUUCGCUCGCACUGGAAACUUCUGGGGAUUUGAGGCUCACAAUGUUGUCCCUGACAUAGUUACCAUGGCAAAGGGAAUUGGGAAUGGGUUUCCUUUGGGAGCGGUUGUGACAACUCCGGAGAUAGCAGGAGUGCUGACUCGGCGAUGCUACUUCAACACAUUUGGUGGGAAUGCUGUGUCUACUACAGCAGGUCUCGCUGUUCUGAAUGUGAUUGAGAAAGAGAAGCUUCAGGAGAAUGCUUCAAUGGUCGGAUCUUAUCUUAAAGGAAAACUCAAUCAGCUGAAAGAGAAACAUGAAAUUAUUGGGGACGUACGUGGAAGAGGACUGAUGCUUGGAGUAGAGCUGGUAAGUGAUCGCAAGCUCAAGACUCCUGCAACUGCUGAGACUCUGCACAUCAUGGAUCAAAUGAAAGAGUUGGGUGUGUUGGUUGGAAAAGGAGGCUAUUUUGGAAACGUGUUUAGAAUCACACCACCUCUCUGCUUCACUAAGGAAGACGCAGAUUAUCUUGUGGAAGCGAUGGACUACUCGAUCUCCAAGAUGUGAAGGAAACAAAAGAAAAGUAGUAUAAAAUGUCUCUUUGUGGGAGAUUAAUAAGUUGUGGUAUAAUUAUGCUUGUAACUUUGCUUCAAACAACCAAAAAUGAUUGAUGAGCCAACAUCUCGUUGCUUCUCAAUCCCUCUGUUUUCUUAAUGAAAAACGUAUUUUUCUUAUA